GAAGGAGAGCGCACUGGCCGUCACUGCUGUAGAGGAGGGAGAGUGGGCUGUGUGAUUUUUUUCCCUUUAACACUUCGUGGAGGAACCUAACUCUCGUGGAAAUCCUCCCUGCACGAUUCAUCCUCUCAUGUCGUGGUGGGAUGAAUUUGGACAGAAUCGCAGAGGCAGUGAGAGCACCGCCGCCCCGCGACGUGGCCCCCGCGUUUCAUUUACCGAGAACUCCAAACAGCAGUCGAGAAACUUUAGAGAACUCAAGCAGCGAGUCUUCAGACACAGAGUUGGCAGAAAAGGAGAGGAGCGCCGAACACAGGAGCGAUGACGGGAACGCGGACGAUCCCAAGAAGAAGAAGCAGCGGCGGCAGCGGACUCACUUCACCAGCCAGCAGCUGCAGGAGCUGGAGGCCACUUUCCAGAGGAACCGCUACCCGGACAUGAGCACCAGAGAGGAGAUCGCCGUGUGGACCAACCUGACCGAAGCCAGAGUCCGGGUGUGGUUCAAAAACCGCCGGGCCAAGUGGAGGAAGCGCGAGCGGAACCAGCAGAUGGACCUGUGUAAGAACAGUUACCUGCCGCAGUUCAGCGGCCUCAUGCAGCCUUACGACGACAUGUACCCGGCGUACACCUACAACAACUGGACCAACAAGGGCCUCACCCCGGCGCCUCUGUCCACCAAAAACUUCACCUUCUUCAACUCCAUGAGCCCCCUCACCUCGCAGUCCAUGUUCUCUGCGCCCAACUCUAUCUCCUCUAUGACCAUGGCCUCCGGGAUGGGCCACUCCGCCGUGCCGGGGAUGCCCACCCCGGGCCUCAACAACAUCAGCAACCUGAACGGGAUCGGCACGUCCGGCAUCAACUCAGCAAUGUCGUCGUCCGCGUGUCCGUACGGGCCCCCCGGCUCUCCGUACAGCGUUUACCGGGACACUUGCAACUCCAGCUUGGCCACCCUCAGACUCAAAUCCAAACAGCAUCCAACUUUUGGAUACAGCGGCCUGCAGAGCCCCGGCUCGAGCCUGAACGCGUGUCAAUACAACAGCUGACGGGCCAAAAUAUGUUACAAAUAUAAAUAAAUAUAUAUGUGAUAAACGGACACGGUGUCAGAGCUUAGCUGCGGAUGGGGGAAAAAAUCAAAGACAACUAAACUGGAUUAGUUGCAAUCAUUUUUCAAAAAAAAAAGAAAAAAGAAAAGAAAAAUGGAUUAUGCGGGUUAUAUGUGUUUACCAAUGAACUUGCACAGCAAUUGAAAUGUCCAGGUUUUUUUGGAUUUUUUAAAUGAUGAAGACGUGUUACAUUGCUGCAUUGUACAUAUAUAAAUGUAAAUAUAUACAGGCCUAACAUAUGGAAAAGACAAUGGGAUUUUUUUCUUCUUUUUUUUGUGCUUGCUUGCUUUUGAAGACUGUCUGGGGGGAUUCUUGACCUCAAAAAGGAUUUGCAAGAAGAAAAAAAUAAAGUGUCGAACUUAUCAUCAACUCAAUUCGAAAAAAGAAAUCCUAUAUUGUAGAUAUUUUAUACUGCUUCUGUGUGCUUUCUAUUUACCGUCUAUGCAGGGUGCCACCGGCCCGUUUGACGCCUCCCGUUCAGUGACUUUACUUUGAAAUGUUUUUUUGUUUCCAUUUUGUUUGCUGAAAUAGAAAACCCCGCAUGUUUAAACUUGAGUGAAACGUGUUUUGUACGAUAAUGUAAGACUUUGCAGAAGUAAGUUCAUUAGCCUAAACUGUAUACAAAAGGUGAU